AUGGAGGCGCUCAAGUUAAUGGCAGCGGUGGCUCACGUGGACAACAGCGCGUGCGCGUACUUGCUCAUGAAGCACUGCGGUGCAUUCGUGGGUCGAGAUCCGGACCGUGCGUUUGAAGAGCAUGUAUCGGCGCGGUUCCUGCUAGAAUUGUUUCUGGAAGGGAGGAAUAACGAGCGCACGGCGACGUACGAGGAUGUGCUGGUGCGGUUCCUCGGCGUCGAUCAAAUCAGGAAUCCCAGUGAUAAGUAUGUUAAGACAUUAGCGAGAAUUGCGGCUUUGGACUCGAACUCACGCCCGGACAAGCCAGGGGUGGACCUCAAGAUCCCAAUCCGAGUGUACUUCCGCGUGUACGGGCGUGGGUCGUCCGGCGGUGUGAUGGAAGAGCUCGCGGAUAUCAGAAAUGCUGAAAAGCGGAUCAAGAGGGAGUGGGAAGCGUUUGAAAGGGACUCUGAGGCCAUCGUUGUACCAUCUGGAGCCAUGCGGUGCAGGUUUGUGCUGGAGCCCAUGAUUGCAAGCUACGAGAAAUACAAGAUUAGCUCCGAGUUGGCACAGGCGCUGGAUAGUAUGGUGGCUCGUAAUGUCUGGUUCUCGCAAAUAAUGCUGUCGAUGACUGUCAAACCGGAAUUAUUGGCCAAUUCGCGCGCUUUGAAGAAGAUUUAG